CCCCAGCGCCUCCCGCGGGUGGUACCAGCGCUCCACCUCGCCCGGCUGAGCUCCGCAGCCGCGUCCCGUUCUGCGCUCCCUGAUCGCCCCUCUCGCCCUUCGCAGCUUCCACCGGGCGCAGCGCGUCUCCUCCGGGCCGGGGACGCCGCCGGCGGGAUGGCCGAAUUCCCGGCCAAAGUCAGCACCCGCACCAGCACCCCCGCCGGGGAGCCGGCUUUCCACGCGCCCGCCUUGGAUCUGGACUUCGUCAAGUCCCCCUUCGGCAUCCUGAUGGUGGUGGAAAUCGUGCUGGGCUGCUUGGUGUGGGCCCUGAUUGCCGACACGUACUACCAACCCUACCCUUCCUACGGCUGGGUGAUGUUUGUAGCUAUCUUCUUCUGGAUGGUGACAGUCAUUAUUUUUGUGAUGUAUCUGUUUCAGCUUCAGUUGAAAUUCUACAUGAUCCCUUGGCCUAUUGUGCUUGUGGUGUUAAAUGUCUCAGCCGCCAUCAUGUAUGCAACAGCCUUCAUAACCAGUGCUGCAUCGGUUGAACCGUACUCCUGGCCCCAUUCCCCGGACUACAACAGAAGGGCCUCAGCAUCGUUCUUUGCCUGCCUGGUGAUGAUUAGCUACGGGGUCAGUUCCUGCUUCAGCAUCCGAGCUUGGAGGGGUUAUGGGAGCAACGCGGCCACCAGCCAAGCGAGCAUCUCCAAUCAUGCUUAAAGAACUGUGCCUCCUUUUGAAUCAAUGGGGGGCCCAAGCUGGUGGCUUUUGCAGCUUCUGUCCCUUCUCUUCCACACGUACGUGGCCUGGCCUGGAAACGACGCCCCGUCCCAGCUUCAGUAGGGGCUGUUCCGAUCACAGGGCUCACCUCCCUCUCCCGUGCUCUUAACCAGCAUCCUCAACAGUGGCUAAGGCCCGGAUGAGAUAGGCAGCCUCACGCUGGUUUUCAUGAUUCCUGGUUUGUCCCUAACCCCAGAGCUAAACCUUUCAAUAUGCCUAAAUGCUACUUUCAGUGAUUAACAUUAUAUGUAUUUAUAUGUAUGGGUGAAGGUAUACAUGCAUAUGUAUAUGGCAUGUCUUAUAUGUGUAUUAUGUAUGUAUACACGUUUGACAGCAGGCAAGGGAAUUUCAUUUUUAAUAGGUGCCAUUGUGCCCACAGUAAAAAAUGACAAUAACAGUUAUCAACUUUACCCCCCCUUGGCAAAGAUGAUGUUAGCUGAGCAUUACAGCUGAACAUUACAGUGUUAGCUGAGCCUUAGUGGAGUGGAAGGGCACAAAAGAGCUUUUAAUGUCUCUUGGCUAAACAAUUGGGAUUACUAAUAUUGAUUGGGAUCUUGUCAGAGUAGGCCGGAAUAGCCCUGGGUAGAAAUUAUGCACUCUCGUUUAAAUGGGCAUUCCUCAAGGUUGUUAUUGGCAUGCCUUCAUUGGCCUCUUCAGGGGCACAUGUGGAACGACUGUCUUAACUUAAACUAACUUGUCUGUUCUCACUGUAACGCAAGGGUGUCCAAUAUUGGCUAUGUUAAGACUUGUGGACUUCAACUCCCAGAAUUCCCCAGCCAGCUGGCUAGGGAAUUCUGGGAGUGAAAAGUACACAAGUCUUAAAACUGCUACGGUUGGACAUCCUGCACUGCAGUUUCUGGGAAUUAAAAUCUACAAGUCUUUAACAUUGCCAAGGUUGGACAUCUCUGCAUUAGUUUCUAGGAGUUGAAAUCCAAAGAUCUUCAAUCCUUGCAUUACAGACUUCUGGGAGUUGAAAGUCCACAUGUCUUAAAGUUGCCAAGGUUGGAUACCACCCCCUGCUAUAAUGUUUGUAGAGGAGUGCAGUAAAGAUGUGCAAAGCAAUCCAGAGAUUGCAUGUCUCUAGGGAUUGCCAAGCAUUUGUCACCGGAACUAAGCAAACUGAAACCCAUAGGCUCACCACUUGCAGCUAGCGCCGGUAAAUAAUGUUUAAUUAUUAAUUCCGUUUUGUUUUGUAAUACAGUACCAGAAAUGCCUCUGGCAUAUACACCCAACAAAUGUUUUAUUUCUAAAAAAAAAAAAAAACCCACCUGUUUUAAAUACAUUUUUAAAAGAC